AUGAGUAGAACCAGCUUCGCAUCAUCGUUCGCCCCUUAUACUCCACCACCCGAUGACCCAUCGUAUCCGUCUUCCUCUAGACACACAUCACGCGCAUGGCCCCCGCGAGCAUCCUCACAACAACCCAUGUCAUACCAGUCUGGAGCUGUUCCGACUUUCAACACCUCUCAAGCCGGAGGCCCCGGCGCCGUGGAGGAGGCAGCGGCAGAAAGUGGGGCGCAAAUUUGGGAGACACGAUUUGGUGCGAGAGUGGACAUACUAGCUGCGUUUGCGUAUCUGCUCGGGCCAAUAUCUGCUCUGCUGCUACUUAUACUGGAAACCGACAAUGACUACGUGCGAUUUCAUGCAUACCAAUCAGCCCUGCUGUCUACGCCCUUGAUCUUGCUGCGGAUUUUGGCGUCCCUGCUUCAAUUCCCAUCCUUCAUGCGCACAAUCCUUACGUUGAUAGUAGCAGCGCCUUUGCUUUACAUGACCUGGCAGGCGUACAUCGAUGCCGCCCGCAAUGGUUUGGUGCGAUUUCAGCUGCCAUGGAUUGGACCUAUGGCCGACCGAUGGGUAUCUGAAGAGUAG